AAGCAUCUCAAGAUGUGACCAGUGAAAACAAUGAUGCUACACUAGUACCUGUUGUCAGAAUUGGAAAUAUAUUCACUAGUGUACUUACAUUUGAUCCAGUGAAGACAACUGAUGCUAGACAAUAUUACUGUCAAGCAACAAUUAUAGUAUUAGGCACUGUAGAUCGUACUAACAGAGAUUUAACUGUUCAAAUACCUCCUCCCAGUGUAUCAAUAGUUGCUGAUCCUCCAACUGGUCCAAUAUAUGAGAGUACAAGUUACGUACUAACCUGUACAGCUACAGUGAACACUACAAUAGUGGAUACACCAGUAACUGCUAGUGUAGUAUGGACUGAUCCUAGUGGUAAUGUAAUACCAAUUAAUGAAGCAAGACGUCAAGUGAUACCUCCAACUGAUAACAGUCUUGUAAGCAUGCUAUUGUUUCAACCUAUUGAUACUGGUCUUAAUAAUGAUGGAGGAACAUAUACCUGUCAAAUGAUCAUCAAUUCUGGUAACUCUUUAAUAGCAUCAAGUCAACCUACUGAUACUACCCUCCCUGUUACUGUUGAAAGUCUUCCUUCAAUGACAGUAAAUUUCUCAUCAGUUGGUUCAGUUGAAGUUGGUCAGAGUCUAACUAUAACAUGUACCAUAACAACAGUUGAGAGAUUAGUAGUAACACCAUUGAUUACUUUCUUUAAAAUGAAUGAUGCUGAUAUGGAAAUGCUCUCUAAUUUAAAUAGACCAUACAGUAUCACAAGAGAUGAUACUGGUUCAGUUACUAACUAUACUCUAAUACUGGAUCCAGUGAGGUUUGAAGAUGCUGGAAUGUAUACAUGUUUGGCUGAGUUUAAUGUAACUGGUUUUAAUAAUACCAAUGAUCCUAGCACUGCUACUUAUGAUUCUCAAGAGGCUAGUGAUGCCUUUACAUUGAAUGUUGACUGUACUAUUCUACCCUUUGCUGCUACAUCUGUAACAACUAUUCCUGGAACAACAAACGCUAAUAUAUCCUUUAUAAUACCAAAAACUUCUUAUGCAAAUGAAAAUUACAGUAUCAGCUAUACUCGACAGCAAUUUCAGGCAACACAGAAAGUUUCAGGGACUAGGAUGAGUUCUAGUUCUGUUGAUAAACCUAUAAUGAUAUACAUAGUCUUGACUGGUCUUGAGGAAGGCAAUGCUUAUCAGUUUACAAUUGAUUCUAGCAACUGUUUAGGUACAACCCACACUGGAGUAAUGAAUUUUACUACACUGACGGCAU